AUGGCUACAAACACUGUUAUCACCACCAAUGAGCACGAGUUGAGUAUCAUCGCCCUGACACAACACCAGCUCGGGCAUGCUUGGGCAUGGCUACGAUCUGCACACACGCUGUAUGAGAAGACUCACCCAGACAUGCUCCCAGGUCCCAGUGGCAUGCUCAACCUCACACAUAUAAUGUACAAGCAGCUCACUCUGCACAUCAUGCACGUACGUGGUAUCAUGUUCGAGUCGAGGCCAUAUCGAAUCAAGCUCAAGGGCGUGAAGAAGACUGGCUUCCGCUUGGUGUUCAUUGGUGGCAUCCGUGAUGUGGGGCUCAUUGCGCAGAUUAACCAUGUCCUGUCCAUUGUCGAGAAUGACGCACAGAUGAUGGACCUGAAGUUCACAGGUGACAACUGCUGCAUCGCAUUCGACGUAUACGGGAAGAACAGGGUGAUGGGUCUGCUUGAGGCGGUCAAGCAGCACACUCACGAAUUGUGCGUCCUCUGUGAGGUGCUCACACCUACGCAGGGACUCGUGCACAGCGUUUUCAAUGCACUGUAUAUUGUGCUGCUGCACACUCCAUAUGCGUACCAGGUGCAUCCUUCUCCUUCCCCUGUUCUUCCCCACUCACAUGCCAUUUCAUGGGUUGCAAUGGGUGAGAACCUCGUCAGUCCAUUUACGUCAAUGGAGACAGGCCUCGGUGAGGCCUCUGAAUUCUGCGUGUACCAUCUCAUCGACGUCGAUGACCCCCUCGCACCGUUCCCGAUUACCUACCAGACUAUGUCGAGUGCAGCACAUGCGCUGGAGCAGAUGAAGAAGGAAAUGGAGGGCAAGAAGGUCGACCUGGUCACCCAGUGGCAGUGGGCUAUCAAGUGUGGGGAGAAGGUGAUUGAGCUGCAAGAUGUGGUGAUGGUGUUGAGGAGUAAGAAUAGCGGCCCAUACAAGUUGAUGUUCGACGUGAUAUUUCUGAACGAGGAAAACUUCCAGGAGGUAAAGAAUAGCGGUGUGCCCAAGAAGGAUAUCCUUGUGAAGGUGUAUGGUGUGAAGCCCGAGAUGAUGCUCACCUGUCUAUUCUUCCCACAGGUGCAUGCGUUCAAGUUCACUAUUUCGAGAAUGCAGCCAAAUGGUAGCUUUGGGGAGACUGACAUGCAUGGGUUGAUCUGCAACAUAGACCUGAAGAGGUCAGAUUAA